AUGAAGGCGCUGGUGGUGACGGUGCUUCUCCUGCUCUCCUCCACCCUGGCCGCGUCACAAUGGUGCGUGUGCAGGCAGGACGCGACGCAGGCCGCGCUGCAGAAGACCAUCGACUACGCCUGCGGCUCCGGGGCGGACUGCAACUCCAUCCAUGAGAACGGGCGUGCUACAACCCCAACACCGUCCCGGCGCACUGCUCCUGGGCGGCCAACAGCUACUACCAGAACAACAAGGCCAAGGGCGCCACCUGCGACUUCACCGGCACCGCCACCCUCACCACCAGCGACCCAAGUAAUGCCCCCUCAAGCAUAG